AUGACCUCCCUCAAACAAUUCAUCCGUAACGUCCGGUCCGCAAAGACAAUUGCCGAUGAGCGAGCCGUCGUGCAAAAGGAGAGUGCCGCAAUCCGGGCCUCCUUUCGAGAGGAAAGCCAUGACUCGAACGUUCGGAGAAACAAUGUUGCCAAAUUGCUAUAUCUUUUCACCCUAGGAGAACGGACACAUUUCGGUCAGAUCGAAUGUCUGAAACUACUCGCAUCUCCGCGGUUCGCCGAUAAACGAUUGGGUUAUUUGGGGACAAUGCUUCUGUUGGAUGAGAACCAGGAAGUCUUAACUCUAGUGACCAAUUCUCUGAAAAAUGAUCUCAAUCAUUCCAACCAAUAUAUCGUCGGCCUCGCCCUGUGCACGUUAGGAAACAUUGCGUCUGUUGAGAUGUCUCGCGAUUUGUUCACCGAAGUCGAAACAUUAAUCACCACGGCUAAUCCCUACAUUCGACGCAAAGCCGCGCUAUGUGCCAUGCGUAUCUGCCGAAAAGUCCCCGACUUACAGGAACACUUCUUAGAGAAAGCCAAGAUACUGUUAUCUGAUCGCAACCACGGAGUCCUACUUUGCGCCUUGACAUUAGCUAUCGACCUUUGCGAACAUGCCGAGGAAUUCGACGAAGGCCCAGAAGACGUGGUUGAAAGCUUCCGUCCCUUGGCAGCUCCACUGGUCAAGGUCCUCAAGAGCUUGACCACUUCAGGAUAUGCUCCCGAGCAUGAUGUGUCUGGCGUGACUGAUCCGUUCUUGCAGGUCAAGAUACUUCGUUUCUUACGUGUAUUAGGAAGAGGAGACGCUGCCACCAGCGAGCUCAUCAAUGAUAUUCUUGCUCAGGUAGCUACGAAUACCGAAUCGUCGAAGAAUGUUGGUAAUGCAAUCCUAUACGAAGCGGUCCUUACCAUUCUGGAUAUAGAAGCCGACUCUGGCUUGCGAGUUCUCGGUGUCAAUAUUCUGGGUAAAUUUCUCGCAAAUAAAGACAACAACAUCCGAUAUGUUGCGCUCAAUACACUCAUCAAAGUGGUCGCGGUCGAGCCGAAUGCAGUGCAAAGACAUCGAAACACGAUCCUUGACUGCUUGCGCGAUCCCGAUAUCAGUAUUCGUCGACGAGCGCUCGACCUGAGCUUCACAUUGAUCAACGAGGGCAAUGUUCGCGUCCUCGUUCGUGAACUCUUGGCUUUCCUCGAGGUCGCCGACAACGAAUUCAAGCCUGCAAUGACGUCUCAAAUCGGUAUCGCCGCAGAUCGAUUUGCGCCUAAUAAGCGAUGGCAUGUCGAUACUAUGCUGCGUGUGUUGAAACUUGCUGGUGGUUACGUCAAGGAACAGAUUCUAUCCUCGUUUGUCCGUCUUAUCGCUACGACGCCUGACUUACAAACGUAUGCUGUGCAGAAGCUGUACUCGUCUUUGAAAUCCGACAUAACUCAGGAAGGCCUGACACUUGCUGCUGCUUGGGUUAUUGGUGAAUAUGGAGAUGGUCUGUUACAAGGGGGUCAAUAUGAAGAGGAGGAGCUGGUCAAGGAAGUUCGCGAGGGUGAUAUCAUAGACUUGUUCACCAAUAUCCUCAACAGCACUUACGCUACCCAAAUCGUCACUGAAUAUAUAACUACGGCCGUCAUGAAGCUCUCUGUUCGAAUGUCAGAGCCGGGUCAAGUGGAGCGGGUCCGAAGGUUCCUGGCUAGUCGCACGUCCGAUUUGAACGUGGAAGUGCAGCAGCGAGCUGUUGAAUAUAGUAAUUUGUUCGGAUAUGACCAAAUUCGCCGCGGAGUCCUGGAGCGAAUGCCAGCACCAGAGAUUCGAGAGGAGCAAAGAGUGCUGGGAGAGCCAACCAACAAGCGACAAAGUCGGAUGCUCAAGGACAAAUCCAAGAAACCCGUCAAGCAGUCCGAGGAUAUGCUUCUCGACCUUAUUGGUGGCUCGGAUGUCUCGACAGUCUCAAGUCCCACUGGUGCGAACGGUGUAUCAACGAACACCGCAGAUCUGCUAGCGGAUAUUCUGGGUGGAAGCGGUACAACAUCMCCUGCCCCGCCGGCAGCCCCAUCCAACACUGCCGCUAUAAUGGACCUCUUUGGUUCUAACGGUACACCACCGCCAGCACGUCCUCAAACACAGUCGCCAUUACCUACAACUGCCUCUCAGGAUCUUCUUGGCGGACUCGGUGGUCUAGCAACGUCUACUCCCCCUCCUCCUGCUGCAGCCGCAGGCCACACCGCAUUCAACAAAAACGAUCUCGUUCUCACACUACAAGUACAACGAAACGCCAGCGGGUCUGGUGCUCAAAUUCUUGCACGCUUCCGCAACCAGUCCGAUUUCACGCGAAUAACGAGUGUGGGACUUCAGGCCGCCGUCCCCAAGAGCCAGCGGUUACAAUUAAGUGCUAUCACCAAGGCGGAUCUCAAUGGAGGAGAGGAGGGAACCCAGGGCAUGAGGAUCGCUGCUGUUAGCGGGGCACUACCACCUAAACUCAGAUUACGUCUCCGUGUUACAUAUGGCAUAGAUGGAGCGAGCCCGGUUACUGAACAAGUAGACUGGACGGAGCCAUGA